AUGUUCAGAUACUGUAAACAGAAAGAAAAGAAAACAGUGUCAGUGUCGGAGGGAAAUUCGGUCACGCUGAAAACGGGUGCUACUAAAAUCCUGAGAGACAAUGAAGUGCUCUGGAUGUUUGGAUCUCAAGAUACAGUCAUCGCUCAAAUCUACAAAAAGGCUGGUAAUAUCUCAUACACUGAUGAUGAGCGAUUCAGAGACAAGCUACAGCUGGAUCAUCAGACUGGAGAUCUGACCAUCAGCGACAUCCAGAUCCCAAGCUCUGGAGAUUAUCAGAUGAAGAUCACCGGCAGCAGAUUGACUAAAAUGAAGAGAUUCAAAGUUAUUGUACGAGGUGAGACACAAAAAAUCACGGAGGGAGAACCUGUCCAUCUGCAGACCGGUGUCACUGAACUACAGGAAGAUGAUCUGAUUCUGUGGAAGUUUGAAGAUGCCCUCAUAGCCAAAGUUAAUAGAGAGAGCAGUGAGAACAGCGUCUACAAUGUUAAUGACGAGAGAUUCAAAGGCAGACUGUGGCUGGAUGAGCGAACUGGAGAUCUCACCAUCACGAACACUAAAAGCACUGACUCUGGAGUUUACGAACUGCAGAUCAAGAGCAGCAAUGAAGACUCCUACAAGAAAUUCAAUGUUCUUGUUUGCUGUGAGUAA